CGGGUAUUUUGCUUGCGUAGCAAGAACCUAAAGGUGCCUCACAUCGUUUGCUUCGCUUGCUUGCAAAGCAAGCGGUGGUAAACGGGGGGUGGGAUGCUUGCGUUCGCACCGGAGGCCACGCAAGCAAAGCUUGCUCGCACGCUUUUGAAGCGCGUUUUUACAAACCUUUAGGUCUCUUGAGAUUAGAGACGUGCUUUCGAAGCAUACCGCGAGCUUGCGUCUCUUAAUAUAUAUAUAAUAGCAGGCCUAUAUUUUUUCUUGAAAAAAGUAAAAGUAGAUGCGCAGCAUUUUUUUUAUGUACAUGUACAUAAAAAAAAUGCUUUUUAAAGAAUCAAGCUUAUAUAAAAUAACGUUCUAUUUUGAACCAAAAUAAAUCAUAAAAAUCAUCAAUAAAAAAACUUAUGAAUUUUGAAGAAUUAUUUAAAAAGUCCAACUCAAGUUUAAAUCAAUUACAAGGAAAUGUUUUAGAAUCUUCGCUUUCUCAAACACGCGGAGAUCUAGUUGUUAUAGAUACAGGUCUUGCUGGGGCAUCUGUUUGUUUUCAAAGUGAAUUAAAAGCUUCUUCUAAAUUUCUAAAGGCAAACACGAAAACUAGAAGCUGUGUUAUUGGAAUUGAAGAUGUAGAGUCUGCCAGUGGUGAACCUAAUUUACUUUAUCCUAAAUCAUUGCAAAAGAUCUGUAAACGUAAAAACGUUUGGACUGAACUUACUAAAUUUUGGUCUAAUGCACAGAAAAAUCGUAUAAGGGGCUUUAUUUUGAAUUCGGUAAAUGGAGGUUAUGCUGUAGCAAUAGCAGGUCACAUUGCUUUUCUUCCUAAGAGUUUACGUGUAGAAAGAAAGGUAUAUCACAGUCAAUGGAGGACCUUUUCGAUUCUUAGUAUGAAUCCCAAAAUUGGUAAUAUUGUAGUGAAAGAGUUAUGGCCUCGCCAUGAAAGAAUCCGUGAUAAAUUGCAAUCUUCUAAAGCUUCGUUUUGGCAUCGCCAAGGUGCUUCGCACCGCAGAAGUAUGAAUAGUCUACGGAGAACACAAAAAACAAGUAAAAUAGCUAACAAAAAAAUACGUAGAAAAGCGUCUUUCUUUAAAAAGUUAAUCUUUACAAAGAAAUUAAAGAAUGUAUAAACUAUAAAUGUCCGAAGUUUUCAUGUCCGCAUUUUCAUGUCCGCAUAAAAAAGAAUGAAUUUCCGUAGGCUGUCUUCGCUUGCAAAGCUUGCUUUGCUUGUCGUUCUUAGCUUAGGCGCUUUGCGCCUAAGCCCUACAACUUGUUUGUUUCGCAAGCUUUGCUUGCGUUGCGUUCUUAGGAACGCUUUAGUCUCCGUUUAGGGAACUAAAGGCGCAAAGCGUUCGCUUACGCUCGUUUUCUCACCUACAAGAAAAAGCUUCGCUUUCUGCACCUAUGCUUACGCUCGCACUGAAGGUCGCGAAGCGUGCGAGCUUGCUUUGCUUGCGUUCUAUUUGCAAAGCUUACGCUCGCACUGAAGGUCGCGAAGCGUGCGAGCUUGCAAGCGAAGGCGCCUUUAGGGCGCAUUCUUAUGCGCUCCUUGGAGACACCGCUUGUAAAUCAAAAAAGCAAGCGAUAAGCGUGCGAGCUUGCAUAGUAUGCGCGCCUAAGAAUGCCCGCCUUCGGUCCGAUCCGAGCGCAGCGAAGCAUCCCCCGUAAGGCACCUUUAGGUUCUUGCGAAG